AUGGAGGAACUAAAAUCUGGUAUGGAGGAGCACAUGGAGCUUAUGGCAGAUCUUGUUCAGAUGUUCUCCUCAGAUAUUCGUUUUGGCUUUAGCCCCGCUUAUGAUAACUUCAUGGGUUUCUUCCAUGCCAUUGACUGGAAGUUCACAAACACGAGUUUGGCAGAUUUCUCAACGACCUCCGCCUAUUACAAUCGACUCAAAUCUCCUGCUGACCAAUUAUCCAAUGUUGUGGCUCUUGUUUCAGAUCAACGUUUAGUACUCCGCUUGCUUGCUGGCUUAAACGAAGCCUAUGCUGGUUUUGUCACGGUUAUGCAACAAAAGGAUAACUUGCCCAGUUUUGCUAUCACAUGCUCUCGAUUGAAGUUGGAAGAAACCAUGAUUCAGGAGCGAGCAGCUCGUGCAUCUAGUUCCACUGUCCUUUUAACCGUGGAUGAUGGAUCCUCCUCACAGUCACAACCAUAUACCACUCACAAUACUCCUUCACUAGGACGUCAUAAUACAAAUCGAGGUAAGCGACCUACUCGAGGCCGAGGCAACAACAAUCGCGGUGGUAGAGGCGGACGCAGCGGUGACGGAGGUGCAAGUGUUGGACGAGGUGGUGCAGCACACCAGCAUCCGCAAUACCAAGCCUACCCACCAUAUCCUCAUCCCUUCUUUAAUCAUUGGGAUGGAUGGGCCCAUCCUCCUUGUUCUUAUCCAACAACUUCAUGGCAACCUCGACCUCCACGUCAAACUGGUAUUCUUGAACAACGACCACCACAACAAGCAUACAAUACAUCACUAGCACCACUUCUUGUUGCGAACACACCUACAGACAUUAAUGCGGCUAUGCAUACCCUUACCCUCUCUCCACCGGAUGAGAAUUGGUACAUGGACACUGGUGCUACCUCUCAUAUGACAACGGAUCAAGGAUUUGCGAACGGGGAACCAUAUAAUAAGGUGUAA